AUGGCUCUUGAAAAGACUGCCAACGGCACAGACUCCGUCCCCGCUCCGGACGGCACCGACGACUCCCGGGCCCGACUCGAGAGCUCCGUCGCCGGACUGUCGCUCUCCUCCCGCGCCGUCCACGCCGACGACGGAAUUCAGGCUCACCGGGCUGUCGCACCGGCGCUGCACGUCAGCACAACUUUCCGCUACAGUGAUGAUCCGGAGCAGCUCAAGUCCUGGGACAACAUCGACCCCAAUGCUCCCCUAGACUCUCACGUCUACUCCCGGGCCACCGGCCCCAACACGACCCGUCUCGAGGCCGUCCUCACCUCGCUGCUCGGUGCUCCCACCAUUACUUACUCUUCGGGCCUCUCGGCCUUCCACGCCAUGCUCGUGCACCUCAACCCGAAGCGCAUCGCUAUCGGCGACGGCUACCACGGUUGCCAUGGUGUCAUUCGCAUCCUCAACCGCCUCACAGGUCUUCAGCAGCUGCCCCUGGACUGUCCCGUCGAGGACCUCCAGCCCGGCGACGUCAUCCAUGUCGAGACACCUCUCAACCCGACCGGUGAGGCUCGCAACCUGGCUGCCUAUGCUGAAAAGGCCAAGAAGGCUGGCGCCUAUCUCACUGUCGAUGCGACCUUUGCGCCGCCGCCCCUGCAGGACCCCUUCAAGUAUGAUGUUGAUGUAGUGAUGCACAGCGGCACAAAGUACUUUGGCGGUCACUCAGAUAUGCUUUGCGGUACUCUGUCCGUCAACCCUAAGCACAAGGACUGGGCCAGGGCCCUCAUCGAGGAUCGUCUUAUUCUCGGUUCUGUCAUGGGUAGCCUGGAGGGUUGGUUGGGUAUUCGCUCUCUGCGCACCCUCGAGUUGCGAGUCCUCCGCCAGAGCGAGACGGCAACCGCGCUGGUGGCUUGGCUCGCUGAGCAGAAGAAGGAUGCUUCAUCCGCAGUGGGCGCCCUCGUGGAACGCAUCCAGCACGCGAGUCUUCAGCCCGAGGCGGCCGUUGAAGGCAGCUGGCUGCGGGAGCAGAUGCCCAACGGCUAUGGCCCCGUCUUCUCGCUGUACUUGAGCGAUGGUGAGGUUGCCAAGCGUCUUCCCAACAAGCUGCGGCUAUUCCAUCACGCUACCAGCCUGGGUGGCGUCGAGAGUCUGAUCGAGUGGCGAGCCAUGACAGAUCCCAAUGUUGACAAGCGGCUGUUGCGGGUUAGUAUUGGUGUCGAGGGUCUGGAGGACCUGAAGCAGGAUCUUCUCCAAGGUCUGGAGGCCUUGAGGAAGGAAAAGUGA